UGAAUGUGGCAUUUCAGGCAGCAUUGCGACAUUGUCUUUGCAGGGUGAAGUUACAGGAGACAAUUUAGAAGUUAGACUUCAGUUUCAAACUCCUUAAUAUAUCCAAUUCUUUGGUUGUUUUUGGCUUCAUCUCUUCAAGGAAAGACUCUCCAGAGCAGAUGCAAACAUGACUGCCGAGUUCAAGUCAUCAACAGUGACAAACAUGGACAUUGAUGACAAUAAAGUCGGCUACAAGCAACUUUUAGAGGAUGGCAUGCCCAAGUUUCGGAAUUCAGUCUACGUGGUGAGGAACAGCCCUUUCAAGGUUGCAACAGUUUGCCUCGGGCUGCUGUGUGUCCUCCUGUUGGCUGCGGUCAUAGGUCAGAGUGUUCAUUACCGAAGUGUGGAGAAAUCCCAUGAGGUCAAAGAAGUAACCAUGAAUAAAGAGAAAGACAACCUACAAGAAAGCCUGAGGUCGGCGCAAAAACAGAAAAGGGAUUUUGAAGGCAGCUAUAAUCAGUUACAGCAAAGAUAUGACUUCUUAUCUAAAAAGAGAGAUCAAAUACAGACCAAUAACAAAUUACUGACUGAACAAGCAAGCAAAAAUAAAGCUGAUCUAAGUCAGUUACAGGCUAGUGCUGCUGCUUCAAACAAGGAGUUAGAGGAGUUAAAGGCAACUAAAACCACGUUAGAGACUGCAAACAAUGCCUUGACUCAAAACAACAAGAUACUGCAAAAUUCAUACGAUACAACGCUCAACACCAAAAAGGACUUAGAGGUCCGUUUGACCUCAGUGACCAAAGAGAGGGACAAUUUACAGAACAAAUUCAAUAAUGCAACCAGAUCCAAAGAGCAGUUGCAAAUGAACUACAACACUCUGAUUCAGGAAAUAGAGCAUUUACAGGGCAGAUACAACUUCUCUUCCAGUGAGAAAGACAAGAUAGAAAGCAGUCACAAAAACGUAACGACACAAAAAGACCUUCUCCAGGGUACUUACAACUUACUUGUAAAUGCCACAGAAGAGUUGCGGGCUUCUUACAAUUCCUUGAUUAAAGAGAAGAAAGAGCUUGAAAGCACAUGCAAAAAUGCAACUGACGAGAGAGACCUGGCGAGAAUGAAAAACGACAACCUGACCGCUGAGAGAGACCAGCUUAAGGCGGACUUUGACAGACUGAAUAUAAAGAUUCAAGGUAAGAACUGUCCCACUGGCUGGAAAAAGUUUGAGGGGAGCUGCUACUUCACUUCUGUUAGCCAGAAAUCCUGGAGCCAGAGCAGAGAAUACUGUAAAGGCAAAGGAGGAGAUUUGGCAAUCGUAACGAGCAAAGAAGAGAUGGACUUCAUCAAUACCCUGUAUGGAAGUGACAAAGAAGUCUGGAUUGGACUGACUGAUAAAGGAGUAGAGGGGCAGUGGCAAUGGGUGGAUGGGACCCCAAUGACCAAAACGUUUUGGGCUUCAGGCCAGCCCAACAGCUACAACGGAAGAGACCAGGACUGUGUGGAGUUCUGGCACCGUGCGACCAGACAGGGCGAGUGGAAUGAUGAGAACUGUAACCUUGAACAAAACUGGAUUUGUGAGAUGUCGGUUUGUUAACAGUUAAAAACCAACGUGUACGUUUUUGUCAUUAGGAAUGUAUUGACAAGUUGAAUCUAGCAGGUGGACCAGCUUGUGCUGUCUUGGUAAUGUUGAACCAUGCUUGUUUCAAAGGGAAUAGGGAUUUCCAUUGAUAGCUGCUCAUAUAAUGGCUUCUUUUUGCCUUAUAUGAUUAGAUACUGUAUUCACUAGCUGGCAUUUUAAAGAAUGAUAACUAAUUAAUAUACAAUUUAAUUUACUACUGUGAUUGGUUGAUUGACAUAUGAAUGAGAUGUACUUGUGAAAUUAUAUAGAGGCUGAUUUCUUUUGUGGCAGUUAAAGUCACUCAACGACUUCUGUACUCAGUUAUCGUUGCUUGUCGUUUGACCAAGAAGGCAUUAGUGCACAACCAUGUACAGUAAGUGUCUCACACUGAUUUCAGAGGACACCAGCAAUAAAUAUACUGUAUUAUAUUUUCAACAUUAAUAACCAUUCAAUUAGUGCUUUUACUACUGAAAUGUGCCAGAAUGAUGUUGUACUAUGCUUACAAUUCAAUUAAAUGUAUUGUGUUUCUUACUUUAUAUUCAUAUAAAGACAUUUUAGUUAUUCAUUUAUGUACACAUACAAUGAAUUGAUUGCACAUUGUUCAUCUUGUACUACUAAUAUAAUGACUUGCGUUCAUAGAGCUCAUCUAUAUGCUCAGGUAUCUUAAACACUUGCAUGAAGCCAUAUAUAUUAGAACAAUUUAUAUUACUAUGUUCUUGUAAUGACAAUGAUAAAUAAAUAAUGAA